AUUUGUUUCUAUGGCUGCGGUAGACGCCGAGGAAAUGCGAUCGAGAUAAGAGCUUGCUUCACUAUUAGUAAUCACGCGCACCGGUAAUCGUUCUAUAGUUGGCAACCGAUCGUAUGGAAGUUUUACAGUACAAUAUUUACAGUUUUGUUUUUUCAGCGUUUUUUUUUUACGGUGUUGUUGCUAGUGGCUUGCUAGCAGCUACUGAGUUAGCCUAGUUGCUAGUGGCACUGAAUCGAUCCUUUCGAUGUAUCAAAAAGAAAAGAGCUUUCAAAUUAAGAACAGCGCCUCGGCGUUGUACAACAACCUGUGCGUGCUGCGUAUCGCCCCUCGGCGCCUCACCUACUUCACGGUGGUCCAUGCCAAUGUGGUCAACAUGGUCAGCGUGUCGUGGGACGGCCUCAAUUCCUCCCACCGUCAGCUGCAGUCCAAAGAGCCCAACGUCGCAACAAGUCCAUCGCUCAUCAUGCAGGCUGCAUUUUGUGUUUUGCCCUCUCGUGAUCUGCUGGUAGUCACUUCACAGAAAGGCAUCCAGAUGUAUGAAUCAGAUGGCUCCAUCAUGGUAUAUUGGCAUGCACUGGAUACUCCUGAAACACCAACAGCUCAGGCAGUGUUUGCUCGGGGGAUUGCUGCUGUGUGGGAGAAUUACGUAUGUGUGGGUCUGUCCUCUUGUGGAAUCCUGGUGUUUGAUAUUCCCAAUAAAGGCAGUAACAUCACCCUAUCUGAAGUUCUGGAGGAGCACAAGGAGCCCAUCACUGACUUGGCCCCAGAGUGCUCAGGCAGCCAGGAAUGCAUUGCCGACCUGGUCAGUGCCGACGACGGCGGCACCUUGUGCGUGUGGAAGUCUGGGGAAGAGUUUCAGCUCCUCAACAAGAUUGGUGGAUUUGAUAUGAGCUGCUCAUCUGUAAAGCUGUGGAAAGGUACAGUGGUGGCAGGUUACGGAACAGGCCAGAUCCGUCUCUACGAGGCUGUGACGGGGAUUUUGCACGCCGAGGUCAACGCCCACGCCCGGUGGAUCUACUCACUGGAUAUUGCUCCUUUUUCCGGCCUGCUCCUGUCGGCCGCCGAAGACUCUUUCGUAAGGGUGUGGCACCUGACGGUAACCCCAGAAAGCAACAGUGUGGAGGUUGCCCAUCUACACAACGAGUGUGUGACAGACACACAAAUCUGCGGCGCCAAGUUCUGCGAUGGCGACGGCUACGCCUUUGCCGUGACAGGAUAUGACCUGAAUGAAAUUAUACGCUACUCGCGGACAUAAGAUGUCACCUUUACCAUCGCUGAGUACACGGAUAUCAAACACGUGUCAUACGAUAUUUCCGCAAUUGAUCCAGAUGGAGCGCACGCAGAAGGUCACAGAUCCCGGAAGGGCCUCGGGGUUGAAUUUUUAAUACUUUUCGGAUAUGCUUAUGGAAGAUGAAUCAAAUGGUUAAAUGAAGAUAUUUUUCAGAGGAAAUGUUUACUUGCUUAUAAAUUAAAUAUCUCUAAUACACAGAAA